AUGCAGACCACCAACCCCUACGCCAACCUGAAGAAGGAUCUCCAGGUGGGCGGCAACACCUACCAGUACUUCUCCCUGCCCGACCUGAACGAUCAGCGUUUGGCCAAGCUGCCUUUCUCGGUGCGCGUUCUCCUCGAGUCCGCCAUCAGGAACUGUGGCAAGAACGGAGUGUCGCAGAAGGAUGUUGAGACCAUCCUCGACUGGGAGAACACCUACUCCAAGCAGUCCGAGGUGCUGUUCAAGCCCUCGCGCGUGAUCCUGCAGGAUUUCACCGGCGUGCCCGCUGUGGUCGAUCUGGCUGCCAUGAGGGACACCUGCAAGCGUCUCGGCGGCGACCCCGACAAGAUCAACCCUCUUGUGCCCGUCGAUCUCGUCAUUGAUCACUCCGUCCAGGUCGACGAGUAUGGCCGCAACGACGCACUCGACAAGAACUUGGAGCUCGAGAUGCAGCGUAACGCCGAGCGUUUCACCUUCCUCAAGUGGGGCGCCAACGCCUUCAAGGGUCUCACCAUCGUCCCUCCCGGCGCCGGUAUCGUCCACCAGGUCAACUUGGAGUACCUCGGUCGCUGUGUCUUCAAGGAUGAGGCUGGCGUCGUCUACCCCGACUCAGUCGUCGGUACCGAUUCGCACACUCCCAUGAUCAACGGUCUCGGCGUUGUCGGCUGGGGUGUUGGCGGUAUCGAGGCUGAGGGUGUGAUGCUCGAUCAGCCCAUCUCGAUGGUCCUCCCCGAGGUCAUCGGCUACAAGCUCGUCGGCCAGUUCCCCUCGCACGCCACUGCCACCGAUCUGGUGCUCGCCAUCACCAAGGCUCUGCGCGCCAAGGGCGUCGUGGAGAAGUUCGUCGAGUUCUUCGGUCCCGCUGUCGAGCAGCUUUCCAUCGCUGACAGGGCCACCAUCUCCAACAUGUCCCCGGAGAUGGGCGCCACGAUCUGCUACUUCCCCGUCGACAACAAGACCCUCGACUACCUGCGUCUCACCGGUCGUUCGGACGAGCAGAUCGCCUACAUCGAGGCGUACCUCAAGGCCCAGGGCCUCUUCCGCGAUUACACCAACGCCUCGCAGGACCCCGUCUUCACCGACGUGCUCGAGCUCGACCUGUCGACCAUCAUCCCGUGCCUGUCGGGUCCCAAGCGCCCGCACGACUACGUCGCCCUGUCCAACAUGAAGACCGACUUUGCCGCGUGCCUCACCAACCCCGUUGGCCACAAGGGCUUCGGUCUCACUGCCGAGCAGGUCAGCAAGAAGGUCUCCUUUGAGUAUGAGGAGAACGGCGAGAAGAAGCAGGGAACCCUGACCCACGGCAGCGUGGUGAUCGCCGCCAUCACGUCGUGCACCAACACCUCCAACCCGUCGGUCAUGAUCGCCGCCGGCCUCGUGGCGCGCAACGCCGUUAAGAAGGGCCUGAAGGUGCCGUCGUACAUCAAGACCUCGCUCGCCCCCGGUUCCGGCGUCGUUACCGAUACGUCACUCAACCCCCGUCCCCUUCGCUUUGCUGCUGCGCUAUGA